AUGUCUGAUCUGCUCCCCAAGGAAGAGGACGAAUCCCCUAUGAGCGAUAUUCCUGUGAGCGACAAGAUGGACAUCGACGACGGGCAUGAAAAAGCUCCUCGUAUCUGUGUCUCGCAGUCUUCUAGACCUUGCCAAACAUCUUUUGUCAAGAGCCCAGAGUGGAGACGAUUUGAUGAGAAUAAUCUGAGGCGUGUUCUGACCAAGGAAAAGGCUGUUGAAGAUGGCGAAGAAGCUCUAAAAGCUUUGGUGGUUGCUAUGAAGGCUCACCUGUUCUUGAAUCCAUCAUGCCAGCCUCGCAUCAAUAGAAUUGACACUGUUCUAGGUCGCAAGAAGACCUUCCAAAUCCUCGUUGGAUUCCUUGGUAUCACGGGGGCUGGCAAGACCACCUUGAUCAAUGCUUUAGUUGGCUAUCGAAACCUGCUUCCUUCGUCCGCGGAGCGUGCUUGCACAGCUGUAGUCGUUGAAAUAGCAUACAAUUCGAGCAACGACAAAGAUGCUUUGUUCCAAUCCGAAAUAGUCUACAUCACCCGAGAUGAGUGGCGUGACGAGCUUGAGCGCUUCUACGAAGACUUAGAGGCUCCAGCAGCAACGGACGAUGAUCAGGAGAGCGAUACUGAGCGCCGUGAGAGGAUCAAGGAGACGCUUGACAAGCUGAAAUGUGUCUAUCCACGCGUUAAAAGCGUGGAACAGCUGCGAUCGUCAUCAGUCGAGCAGCUUCUACAGGAUCCUGCUGUCUGCAACCUGCUUGGAAGAGUCGUCAAGGUAAAAUCUGGAACCAAGGUACAAUUCUCCAACACGAUCAAGAAUCACAUCGACAGUGGUGAUAAUGAUGGUACUGCAGCACAGUGGCCACUGGUGAAACUCGUUCGAGUUUUCGUCAAAUCUGACUUCUUGAAGCAUGGCAUCACCCUGGUUGAUUUACCAGGAAACCUGGAUAAUAACGCCGCCAGAUCCGCUGUUGCCGAACACUACCAGAAGGAGCUCUCAGUCACAUGCAUUCUGGCUGAAGCGAAGCGAGGUAUCAGUGAGAAGAACGCUCAUGACUUGCUUGAGAAGGUUACGAAGCGCAACUUGCAACUUGAUGGUCUCUACAAUGCCGAGUCUCUGUGCUUUGUCCUCUCUCAGACUGAUAGAGAUUUUGACAUCAUGGAAUACUUGAAGGGCCAUCCGGUUCUAAAAGCUGCGUGUGCUGAUGAUCAUCGGAAAGUUCUCGACUUGGUUGUCAGUCUCAAGGCACGUCUGGAGGAAGACAGAGUCGCCAAGGCUAAUGAUCUCGAGAAUCGAAAGCGUGUCAAGCAAUUCUCGAUCAAGUCUAAAAAGUUGAAAGCACAACUAGGGAUCACUGACAUUGCAUCCCCUUCUUCGGGGCGCAAUUGGAAGCGUUCAGCCGAAGACACUGACUCAGUCUUUGAGACGACCCAAGCAACAGAUGAACAAAUGGCUCUUCGAAACGAGCUUUCGGAAGUACAAAAGCUCCUAGAUGAUGCAAGAAAGACUUAUCACCAAGGAGCAGACGAGCUUUCAUCUCUUGGACGAAGAGUUGCCCACCUCCGGACCGCCCUUUUCCAUGCCAGAUCUCAUAUCAGAGUUGCUUGUAUACAGAACCGGAACAAGGUAGCGACAGCCGCGAUCAGAAGAGACUAUAACGACACCCUUGCUGAGAUGGGUAGAGAAUCUUCUGGUCCACUGGAGGUCUUUUGUGUUGCCGCCACAGUUCAUUUACAGUAUUUGAAGAUGGAGCCUUCCAUGACUCACCCGGGAUUUCCGCAACGACAAGACACCCAAAUUGGUAGACUAAGAGACUGGCUUGUCAGUACAACAUUCCCCACUCGCGAAUCGUAUGCACAGGCAUUUCUGGAGGACACUGAAGCAACCCUGGACUCAAUGAUGCCUUGGAUCAAGGACAAAUAUGCCGAUUAUAAGAUGCCCUCGUUUAUUAGAGAGCAGUGGGAGCCCCAGAUGGAUAGAGACUUGGAAGAGCUGCAGAACCAAUUUUCCCAGCUCAAGUUGAGCGCUAUUGGAGAUUUCAAGCAAUUAAUUCGAACAGGCAUCUACUCCAAGGUUCCAGCAGCUGAGAAAGUUGCCUUGGCCAAAGUCAAGGAUGUCGUCGAGAGUUGGGCCACGGGCAUGCAUUGGAGCACCCAUAGGACUGUUAAUCGAAACCACGGAAUUUGGAAGGACUCCCGGAAGAGAAAUCACAAGUGGAAUGCGCUUCUUGUCCAUGAACUUACAACUCCUUUGGUUGCAUCCUGGGAUAAGACUUUUACCCGAGGUCUUCCCACUGGGCGCGACACAUAUGUAGCUGAAGGCCAAAGAGUCAUCGCCAAUUUCGCAGAUAAAGUCUCAGAUGCCAACUUCUGUCCGGAUGUAGCGGAUGGUUUAGUCGUACUUAAGGAUCAAAUCAUGAGGAGUCAAGCGCUCCUGAAGAAUCAAACCACAACUACAUUUGAGGCUGUUACCAAAGCUGUCAGAAAGGCACAUAAGACUGCUACCCCAGCCGUUAAGCAGUUCUUGAUUCCCACCUAUGACAAAUGCGCAGCAGAGGGAGGAAGCGGUCACUACGCGAGAAACAAAGCUCUCCUUAAGAAUACUAUGAAAAACAAGGGUCUUCAAAUGUACCAGAAAGGUUCCGGUGCUGUCCGUAGUGCGCUCGAUGAUAUGUUGGAAAGUCUCUCGCCCAGCUUCGACGGAAAUCACAAAGCGGUGCUUGACCAGAUUCGGGAGGAUAUUCAACUGUUCUUCGAGCAAAACAGCGCCAACGGAAUCAGAAGCAGCUUUCGGAGAGUCGAGUCCCCUUCCAAAGUUAAACUCCAGAAGGAUCUUUUGAUCAUUGUUGAUAAGCUAGCGGAGGCUUGGAAGUCCGAGGUCAGCAUACGAUCCAGACAAGAAGUUGAUGAUGACGAUGACGAGGAGACAACGUUCGAUGACGCAGAAUUUUUCAACAUCGACGACAACGAUGAUCAGGAUGAGGAUUACGAGUACAAAAGUGAUCAGGACUAA